AUGGCGGGCGGGGGCACCGCCGCGCGCGUGCUGGCGCGCGCGGCCCGCGGGGCGCUCGCCGCGGGGUGGGGCCGGCCGCUGGGCCCCGAGGAGACGCUGGGGCUGCUGGAGGCCUCCGUGGUGCAUCGGGAAGGAGCCCUGCUGGCGCUGAGCAAGCCCCCUGGCCUGCCCGUCCUGGGGCACCCCGGGGAGCUGAGCCUGGCGGCGCUGCUGCCGGCGCUGAGACGGCGCCUGGGCCUCCCUGCCGAGCUCCACGUGGUGAAGGCUCCCGCCAGGGAGUGCUCCGGCCUCGUCCUCCUCUCUGGCUGCCACCACGCCACCGAGCAGCUCCAGCGGUUCCUCGCUGAUGCCCGCUGGAGAGGCCAGUACCCGGUCACGUACCGUGCCGUCACCGUGGGGGUCCCGGUGGAGGCGGAGGGCGAGAUCUGCACCGGACUGCGCUGGCAGCAGCAGGGUGACGCCGCUGUGGUGGUGCCGGUGCUGGCCCCAGGGCGCCGCAGCCUGGCCAGGAAGGAGGUGAAGAGCACCCUGACACGCUACCGGGUGCUGGGUGCUGCGGGUGGUUGUGCCCUCCUCCAGCUCCAGCCCAGGACAGCCUUCCCAGGACAGCUCCCGGUGCACCUGACGCUGCUGCUGUGCCCAGCCCUGGGCGACCACGAGCACUCAUCCCGCGUGGGCAGGGUGCUGGGGGUGCCCUUCCUCCUGCCCCCCGAGGCCGCCCCGACCCGCACACAGGCACUGGACAAGGAGCUGCUGUGCCGGCUGGGGCUCUCCCCGCAGCAGCUCCGCCGCCUCCCGCUCCACCUCCACCUGCAGCAGCUGGUGCUGCCCCAGGGCCCACUCUGUGCCCCCCCACCCCCCUACUUCCUGCGCACCCUGCGGCGCCUGGGCCUGCCUGGGCACCAGGAGCCCUAGAACCCAUGGUGGGA